AUGGGUCAACCUACAAUUGGAGUUAGCUUCAAUUACCGACUUUCUGGAUUUGGAUUCCUACAAGGCCGUGCGGUCAAUGAGUCUGGUGCCGCAAACAUUGGUCUCUAUGACCAACGACUUGCUCUUCAUUGGAUCCAAGAGAACAUCAUGGCAUUCGGUGGAGACCCGUCCAGAGUCACAAUCCAAGGAGAAUCGGCCGGUGCUGUAUCAGUUGGACACCACUUCCUCGCAUAUGGAGGACGCGACGACGGGCUGUUUCAUGCAGGUAUUGCUGAAAGUGGCGGGCCUCUCACCACAAGAGCUUUGAUCUCUCUGGAUGAACAGGAUGUCCUUUAUAACCGCGUCCUCAACUCGACCAACUGCACUGGUGAAGAUGAUACACUCCAAUGCCUUCGCUCCGUACCAGUAGACGCUUUGAAGGCUGCCUUUGAAGGUGUUGGCUUCUAUCCCGUCAUGGAUGGCGGGAUUAUCACGAAUACCCCCUCCAUCGCUCUGAGGGAUGGCCGCUUUGUGAAGCGUCCGCUUCUUAUCGGAGCGAAUACAAAUGAAGGAGCUGCAUUCUCGUACAGCAGAGGCCGUGGGCUGAACACUUCAGCCGACUUCCGCAAUAUGAUUGUUCAGUAUAGUGGGAACAAGGUUAUCAAAAACAGUACUCUUGAAUAUCUUGUUGAUCAAUAUCUCAACAGACUGUCCCCCAAAGUGGCCCAGGCUCAACUAGGGUCUGUUCUCUUAUCUCCAAGUCCUGAAUUUGGUCGUCUCUGGGGAAAAGUGACACUUUACGCGGGAGAUUAUCAGUUCAAUGCUGGUAGACGUUACACCACGCAGAAAUGGGCUCAAUACGGCGUUCCUUCGUAUAGCUAUCGCUUUGAUGCUGUGCCUAAUGGUAUACCACCUGAGACCCUGGGGGCCACACACUUCCAGGAAGUUUCCUUCGUUUUCAAAAAUUUUGAUGGCGUCGGGUAUCAGGUCAAUCCACUGGAAUCAAACUCCACGGAACUUCAGCAGAGAUACCAUGAUCUGAGCACGCUCAUGAGUCAAAUGUGGCUGAACUUUGCAAAUAAACUGACCCCAAAUGGUCACCAAAGUAAGCUUACACUCACCCCCAACAACCCUUUUGUUGCAGACUAUUUUGCUAACUUCACAAUAGAUUUGAAAGCAAACGUGACCUGGCCCGUUUAUAGGAAUGGAAAUGGAACAAACAUCGUGUUCCACUUGAAUGGUACCUAUCUGGAGCCUGAUAACUGGAGGGCAAAUGCUAUUAGACGCCUGAUUGGUUCCUUACACGAGUUCAAGCUUUAA